AUGUAAAUUGCCUCGACCUGUUUUCAAACUUCAUUUCAACUCUGUGUUGAUUUUGGAUUCUACAUUUCAUCACAUUCAGACACAAUGGCAUCCACAGUAGGAAAGACCAUCACUUGCAAGGCUGCCAUCGCCUGGGGCGCCGGCCAGGAGCUCAGUUAUGAGGACGUUGAGGUGGCUCCGCCCAAGGCCCACGAGGUCAGAAUUCAGAUCAAGCACACCGGUGUCUGCCACACGGACGCCUACACCCUCUCGGGCAAGGAUCCCGAGGGCGCCUUCCCCGUCAUCCUCGGACACGAGGGUGCCGGUAUCGUCGAGUCCGUCGGCGAGGGCGUCACCAACGUGAAGCCCGGCGACCACGUCAUCGCUCUCUACACCCCCGAGUGCAAGGAGUGCAAGUUCUGCAAGUCCGGCAAGACCAACCUUUGCGGCAAGAUUCGCGCCACCCAGGGCAGGGGUGUGAUGCCCGACGGCACCUCCCGCUUCCGCGCCCGUGGUCAGGACAUCCUCCACUUCAUGGGCACCUCCACCUUCAGCCAGUACACCGUCGUCGCCGACAUUUCGGUCGUCGCUGUGCAGCCCGAGGCCCCCAUGGACCGCACCUGCCUGCUCGGCUGCGGCAUCACCACCGGCUACGGCGCCGCCACCAUCACCGCCAACGUCGAGAAGGGCAGUACCGUCGCCAUCUUCGGCGCCGGCUGCGUCGGCCUCAGCGUCAUCCAGGGUGCUGUUGCCAACGGCGCCUCCAAGAUCAUCGCUGUCGAUGUCAACCCCAGCAAGGAGGAGUGGUCUCGCAAGUUCGGCGCCACUGACUUCGUCAACCCGUCCACCCUCCCCGAGGGCCAGUCUGUUGUCGACAAGUUGAUCGAGCUGACCGACGGUGGUUGCGACUACACCUUCGACUGCACAGGCAACGUUAAGGUCAUGCGUGCUGCUCUCGAGGCUUGCCACAAGGGUUGGGGUCAGAGCAUCAUCAUCGGUGUUGCUGCUGCCGGCCAGGAGAUUUCCACCAGGCCGUUCAUGCUGGUCACCGGCCGUGUCUGGAGGGGUUCCGCCUUCGGUGGCGUCAAGGGCCGCUCUCAGCUGCCCGGUCUUGUCGAGGAUUAUCUCAACGGCAAGAUCAAGGUUGACGAGUUGAUCACCCACCGCAAGAAGCUGGCCGAGAUCAACGAGGCCUUUGAGGUCAUGCAUCAGGGCGACUGCAUUCGUGCUGUCGUCGAUAUGUCGUAGGAAUAGUCAUUGAUUGCAAUGCGUUUAAAUCAAAGCCGUCAAUUUGUGUCUUUUU